AUGGUACAACGAGGAACUUCUCAACAACAACCGUCUCCGCUCACGAAACCACCAUCGACCUCUCUCUUCGCCGCCUCUCGUUUCAAUAUUUUAGAGCAAGAACAAGGCGUUUUUCAAGAGCCUGCACGAGGAGUUGGAGCUUUGCAGCAACAGUCUCCUCCGAACAUGAUCCUUCAAGGAGUGAGUCCUUUCCGAUCCAUAGUAGUACAAUCUCCAUUCAUUUCUCAACCACAGCCGCAGCCAGUAGUACCACAACAACAACAAGUUUCUGUACCAAUUUUUCAACCACCAUCACUUCCGCAAUCAUCAUCCCAGCAGCAACUUGUAAAUACACCAUCAUCAUCAAAUCAAAAACCUGAAAAGAAACACAGGGCAGAUCACAAAUCACAAAAACAUGUAAAACACGCGAAAAAUCCAUCGUUCAAGCUUGUACAACACAAGAAUGGAAGCAUAUCGGUUCAACACAAUCCCUCUAUGAAAGGUAUGGCAAGUGAAAAGGACAAGAUGUUGAAAAAGAUGAAUGCAUUGAUUGAUGCAAUUCUAGUGGUGGAACAAUCUCAGCUCCAAUCACAACAACCUCAAAGAAUAUAUUCAUGUAACGAGUUAUUUGAAGUGAAAACGAGUAUUGAAAGUAAUAUUAGUCAAAUUGAUUCAUUCGCAAAAAUUGAUCUCUAUUUAGUGGCAGAAACGCUAUGUGAAAAAACAAAAUCCUAUUUGGGGAAAAUACUGAGCACUGUAAAACCAGAAAUGUAUUUCAUAUUGAAAAGUUUUGUGUACUUUACCAAUGAAAUCAAGUAUUCACUAUUGAAAGGAGAUGAAGUAUCCAAAUAUCGAAAACAAGGACUAUUGGAAUAUGACGAUCACAUUUCGAAUGAAAAACGAACGAAAAUAUUUCUCGAUGGUGGCAGAGGUCAUGAAAAUGGAUCAGUAUCGAGAGAAAUUAUUGUUGUCAAUGAAGCCAAAGAUACAAAGCUGAGAGAGCUCUUACAUGACCUGACGACACGACUUCAAUUGAAAUUUCCCAAUGCCAAAACGAAUGGAUUAUCCGGAGGCGAGUUGAAAAUUUUCUAUGCAUACAUUAGUGAAUUUGUGAGUGCAUGUAUGGGUGGAUAUUCACCUAAUAUUGCAGAUUUUUCAUCGACACACAUUUCAAACCUUGCCAAGCAAAGAAAAUCAAAAUAUAUAUUCAUUGGAGACGUUCGUUUUGGAGUGUGUCGACAUCGAUCCAUCCUUUUCAAGUACAUUUGUGAUUAUUUAUUUAUGGAUGGAUUUAAAGAUAUUCGAUGUCGUUUAGUUCGAGGAAAAUGCUCAGGAGGAAAUCAUGCUUGGAAUAUUGUUUCAAUCAUUGACACAAAAUCAAAAUCUGCAACACUUCCUGAUUUGUAUUUGGUAGAUAUCAUGAGAUAUCCUGGACACCUCUACUCUGUGAGCAGCGUGGAUGCAGACUUGUACAAGCAACAAAGUUUUGGAACCAUUGGUGGUCAUAGUCAGAAAGGAUUGGCUACUGAUCUUUCUAAACUUCAGUAUAAGGAGAAAAAACUACUUGGACGUGGUGCAUCAGGAAAGGUCUUUAGCUGUGUGGUGUACAUUCCUGAGAAGGGUGAAACUGUUUGUGCCGUAAAAAAGGUUCCGCUCUCCUUUGAUAAUGUCAACUUUGAGAGAGAACUCAAAUUAUUGAACUACUUGAGCCAUCCUAACAUUAUUCAACUCUAUCAUGCGGCACUUGUAAAAAACAAACAUGGAGAACAUUGCCUUCACAUGUUCAUGGAAUUGAUGGAUUGCAACGCUCGAAAAUUUAUCAAUGAUUUCAAAGCCAAUUACAUGAAUCAACCAAAAUAUUACGUCUAUGAACUAUUAUUCUUUUUAAGCAAUGUAGCAAAUGGAUUGAAUUACUUGCAUUUGAGAGGAUGUGUACACAGAGAUGUCAAACCAGAAAAUAUUGCAAUCAAAUAUUAUAGACGUCAUCCGCACUCUAUUGAGGAAGUGAAAUUAGUCGAUUUUGACGUUGCCAAUAUUGUUCACAAUAGCAAAACGAUUUGUGGCACUCGUGGAUAUUGUGAUCCAUUAGUGUUCUCUACUGCCUCCAGCCAAAUAGUGGCCAAACCUUUUCUCGAUUGUUUUAGUUUUGGAAUUCUCUUGGCUGAAUUCUUUUUGGAACACCCACCAAAAUUUUUCUUUGAUUCAAGUCCAUCACUCGAUGAAGGCUACGAAAAACUCCAAAAUUAUUAUUCUCCUGCCAAUAUUCAAUUUACAAUUAUGAAAUCUGGCAAGUAUGAUUGCAUCCCAUCCAAAUAUCGAGCAUCAUUGACACAAAUGAUGAUCAAUUGUAUUCAGACAGAUGUCACCAAACGUCCCACCAUGCAACAAAUUGCUUCUGAAUUGGAAAAUUAUCUCUUGAAGAAUUUUAUCAUUAAGGCAGAAGAAGAUUGUCAACUCUAA